AGUCUUGUUCAGGACAAUGUAAACUGCGUCAAUCAGUGUCGGGUUUUCGCGGUCUUGUAAAAAACAAAAUUUCGAAUUUUUCGCCCGAACUAAAUCCGCGACUCAGUAAAAAAAAAAAUAAAAAUUACGUCUAAGACGCGGGUCGCGUCUUGUAAAAAUCUCGGAGACUUCAACGUCCACUAUCUGUUUUAUCGGCAGUAUAAACAUUUAAUUUAAAAUUUAAAUUGUUGUAAAAAUAAAUAUUAGCUUACACGAGUCUUUAGACUGAUGAUAAUCAACGUGUUUGCUUGAAGAUAAUGCACACUGUGGCCAAGUAUUAGUAGUUUAAUAACUUGUGUGUGACUAAUGACUUGAACAGUUGGCUUUAGUGACAGCUCACGAAUAACUUAAACUCUUAAGAAAGUUGUUACUCCGUAAAACGUAUUAUUUUUAAUUCAAAUUAUUGUCUGCGAGCCAGUAAACGUCGAGAUGAAUUACCUAAUUUUAAAGCUAAUCUUAGUAUGUAUGGCCACAAAAAUCCUCGGAUUACCUGAUGGCGCGCCGUUAAAAGCAUGCUUCGACUUAAUUCCGCACCACAGUACGACAAGUAGUCUGGCGUCAUAUCCGCCUUACGAAAUACGAGCCAUUGCAGGACAACACAGGAUCCACAUGACCCUUGGAAGUCCCCAGGGCUUUGCAUUUCAAGGAUUCAUUAUUAACGCCCGAGAUGUUGAGACCGGUGAAUUAGUCGGUGAAUUUAUAGAUUUGCCGAGUACUGUCCAAGCGCUCCAAUGCACUCCCGGCAUAAACAACACGGUGACCCAUAAAGACAAAGUGGAAAAGCGUAAUUUGGAGCUCGAUUGGAUAACGCCUGAGGAUUAUGAAGGAACAGUUAUUUUCAAUUCCACUUUUCUCCAAGAUUACGCAACAUACUGGGUCGGCGUGGAAUCACCGCGAAUAACAGUUUUAAGAGAUUCUAUCCAAGUGAUGACGACAAUACCACCACCAACAACCGAAAGGACAACUACGACACCGUAUUAUGAGCUUGAUACCCAGCAAUCGACUGAGUCAACAAAACGACAUCCAAUAUACGAGGGCUGUGGUUCGACGAAAAAUUGCUUUGGUAGUUCCGACAGAUGUAUCGAAGAAGGACUAUGCAAUGCUGUUGUUACGGUUGAAGUCAAAGGAGAAAAAUAUAUUUUUGAAUUAUUGGGCAUGUCUUCGAAAUACGUUGCCGUUGGUUUAUCUGAUGAUCCUAAAAUGGGAGAAGACAGCGUAGUAGAGUGUACUGAUGAAAACGGACGUGUGGAAAUACACAUGUCCUGGAACAAUGGGAAGACUAAUUCAAGAAUAGCUACACCAUCAGGAACAUUAUCUCUCCUAAAUAGAUCAAUCGUAAAUGGCGCGCUUUACUGCAAGUUCACCAGAGAUAGAACAACUUUAGUACAGGGACGUGAGUUUGAUUUGGCGAACAGAGCUUACUGUCUGCUUCUCGCAUCAGGAACUUCACUUAAAUCAAAUGGUGUAGGAUUCCAUGAUCUCGAGUAUCGUGGCUCGGAUAAACCAAUAAAAUUAGCUGACAUACGUGAAAUUGUUGCAUCGAGUGAUUUACUUAUACGAAUUCACGGCGCUCUGAUGAUUGCAUCCUGGAUUGGUACCGCGUCCAUCGGGAUUCUUAUGGCGCGUUAUUACAAACAGACGUGGCUGCGGUCACCACUUUGUGGCAAAGACCAAUGGUUUGCUUGGCAUAGAUUCUUCAUGAUCCUGACCUGGUCAAUGACAAUAGCAGCCUUCGUGAUAAUAUUCGUCGAACUCGGUACCUGGAGCACAGAAACGCUUCAUGCAUCUCUGGGACUCGCUACAACUGUAUUAGCAUUCGUCCAACCAUUUAUGGCUGCUUUGAGGCCGCAUCCCGGUACACCUAGACGACCACUUUUUAAUUGGGCCCAUUGGUUUAUUGGCAAUGCUGCUCAUAUUUGUGCCGUAAUUGCGCUGUUCUUUGCGGUGAGACUGAACAAAGCCAAACUUCCAGACUGGGUGGACUGGGUUCUUACGGCCUACGUUGUUUUCCACGUCCUCACGCACAUUAUACUCUCGUUUGCCGGUUGUGCUGCGGACAGACAAGAUAAUCAGAGUAUCAAUGCUUUUCCAAUGAAGGACAUGCAUGUCAGAGGGUCUAUAGGUCAUACUGAUUUAAAAAGAGAUGCGCCUUUGGGUGGAUUAAGAAAAUUAGUAUUCGGUGUUUACUUUGUAAUAAUUGCCGUAUUUGCCGCAGCAUUGAUAGUAAUCACCGUAAUGGCGCCUAUCGGAGAAUCAUGGGACAAAUUUACUCGAACAAUAUCUACAUAUUAAGCUCCACCAUCCCCAUAAACACCGACUCAACUGAGUAAUUAAUCUGUAGUAGAGUAAAGAAAAGUAAUUAAAAUAAAAUAUUAAAACUAAGUAAAGCAUUUAUGACAGCAACAAUACGACAAGCCAUUUGGGAUAAUUCUGAAAGCUGUAAAUUAGGGAGUUCUGGUGGCUCUCGGAUAACAGGAGCUACCCUAUCGAGUUGCAUUCGCAACUAGCGUGAAACAUGUGAUUAUCGGAGCUUUGGCUGGCGAACGCCCAAGAACUUGGUUUCCUUCCGUCCUUCCUGCAGUAGGCUCCGUCCUCUCACUCAGUCUCAGUGUCUACCACAUAGUCCUCCCAUCCUCGGUCCCGCAACUAGUACCAGUACUCCAUACGAUGCAUACUGCUAAUCGAAAUUACCCUUCUAGUCGCUUGACUACGCGAGUACAACCCAUCCAUUGUGCCUACAAUCUAUACAUAUAUACCUUCGACAAAUAUAUUUAUUGGUCAUAUCGAAAAUAAAGAAGAAUACACUGAGAAAAAAUAACUUUGAAGUAUUGAAUUUUCUGUUGAUAAAAAAUUGUGCUGUUGGAAAUUUCUAAUCUGAUAUAUUUUUAGUACAAAAAAUUUAAGAUUUCAUUCAAAAUUAUUUUCUUAAUCGAAGUCAUCUUAAUACAUCCGAAUUCACUCCAUCACUCGGAAUUCCGAAAUCAAAAAAAAAAAAUCACUCUGGAUACGGAGUAAAGGGGGAGUUUGUUUUACCAGGAGUGAUUUUGGAGUGAACUAGAUUUUAUUUGAAUCUACAUUGACUCUAAAUUGGAGUUUCAAUAAUAAAAUAAACUACGAUCCUGAAAUUUGCAUACAAUUAUUAAUUUUUGGAUUUUUUUUUUCAACAGAUCAAUUAAAAAAAAAAAAAAAAAAAAUGCACAUGUAGAAAAUGUAAAAAACUACAGGUGUAUUUUUUCAAAUAUUUUUUUUUUAAUAAUUUAUUGUAUAAAAAAAUAUUCAAAAAUUAUUAGACGUCG